AUCAUCUAUUGACACGGCACGAAACGUGCCACUGUCUGCAAUAAAGUCGGGCGCUGGAUAAAAAGGUUGCAAAAUGCCUUGUGUGAGUACACAAAACUAAGCAAUGUUAGGCUGGAACGAGGAAGUGGAGAGGAGAGGGGAGGGACUGAGGGCUGAGUUCCAUCCUGCAGCCGCGGCACUGAGAACAGCAGCACAUGGAGCUGGGGGGAGCUGGAAGAGCUUCAUAUUGCAAACUCAGGGAAUAGCAGAAUACCUGCAAAGAAUGGAGACAGAGGAGGCUCAGGACAUGUCCCAGGGUUCAGGACAGGAAAGCCCUACUGCAAGCGAUGUCCCUGAAGAGACAGAUGAGCCAAUGCCUGUCCCUGAAGACCUCUCCGCGACCUCUGGACAGCAACAGACCCCCAAGAAUGAGAAAGUGUUAGCCAGUAAUAUUAAAGUAGAGAGUCAGAAUGAUGAAGAGAAUGGGCGUGCCUGUGAGGUGAAUGGGGAACAAUGUGCAGAGGAUUUGCGAGUGCUUGAUGCUUCGGGAGUGAAAUUGAAUGGCUCCCACGCAGGCCAAGGCAGCAAAGCCUACUCGUCAGUAGGUGGCAUUCGUCUCCCCAAUGGGAAGCUAAAGUGUGAUAUCUGUGGAAUCGUUUGCAUCGGUCCAAAUGUUCUCAUGGUACACAAACGAAGCCACACCGGUGAACGUCCGUUUCAGUGUAAUCAGUGCGGCGCCUCCUUCACACAGAAGGGCAACCUACUGCGCCACAAAAAGCUGCACUCGGGUGAAAAGCCAUUCAAGUGCCACCUAUGUAACUAUGCCUGUCGCCGUAGAGACGCCCUCACGGGUCACUUGCGCACUCACUCCGUUGGGAAACCUCACAAAUGUGGAUACUGUGGCCGAAGCUACAAACAGCGCAGCUCAUUAGAAGAACACAAGGAGCGCUGUCACAACUACUUGCAAAGCAUGGGGCUGCCAAACACCAUCUACUCAGUAGUAAAGGAAGAAAGCAACCACAAUGAGAUGAGUGAAGACUUAAGCAAGAUGGGAUCAGAAAGAGCCCUGGUGCUAGACAGACUAGCUAGUAACGUAGCCAAACGUAAGAGUUCUAUGCCUCAGAAGUUUGUGGGAGAGAAGAGGCUGUUGGACCUCUCCUAUGAUGGCAACUCGAACAACUACGACAAGGACAGUGAGAUAAUGCAGCCUCAUGUCAUGGACCAGGCCAUAAACAGUGCCAUCAGUUACCUGGGGGCCGAGUCCCUGCGUCCCCUGGUUCAGACUCCCCCUGCCUCCUCUGACGUGGUCAUCAACCCCAUAUAUCCUCUUCAUAAACCCAACAAUGGCAACAACCACAUCCACUCAGUCCAGGACAGUGCCGCCGAGAAUCUGCUCCUGCUCUCCAAGGCCAAGUCCGUUUCCACAGAGAGGGAUGUGUCACCUAGCAACAGCUGCCAAGAUUCCACCGACACAGAGAGCAACGAGGAGAGGGCUGGGGGCGGCGGCCUCAUCUAUCUGACCAAUCACAUCGCGCCACAAGCUCGCAAUGGCAUCCCCGCUGUCAAGGAGGAGCAUGGCAGGCAGUACGAUCUCCUGAGGGCCGUAGCGGAAUUCAGGGUGGUCACUAACGAGGGCGAACAGGUCAAGGCGUAUUACUGCGAACACUGCAGAGUUCUCUUCCUGGACCACGUCAUGUAUACUAUCCACAUGGGUUGCCACGGCUUCCGAGACCCCUUUGAGUGCAACUUGUGCGGCUACCGCAGCCAGGACAGGUAUGAGUUCUCCUCCCACAUGACUCGAGGGGAGCACCGCUUUUAAUGCACACACACUGGGAAAAUCUGAGGGUCCAUUUAUAUGGAUUUAUGUAUAUAUAAUAUUUCCAUAGUGCAAAUAAAAAAAAAACACAUUUUAGACAGCAUUUUAAUAUACUAAAAAGUGAAAUGGAACAAUAGCAAAUUCCCUUUUUUGUUUAUUUGGUUUUAUUUUAAUAAAAAAAUAAUACAUUCACAUGCUUAAAAUGAAUCAUGUCCACUAUUUUCCCCAUGCUUUUGCUCCAAUAUCCUUUUAGAAAAUAGAAGAUCCUGAAAAUACUAAUAAUUAAAAAUAAAUCCUACUGUAUUUGAAAAAUGAAACCCUUAUAAUAUGUAUUUUAAAAUGUCUUGGUUGAGUUGUAUUGUUCAAAGUAUUCCAUAUUUGGCCAAAUAACUAAACUGGUAUUAACCUACAUACACAACAAAAAGGGUUUUUACAGUAUUUGAUGAUUAUAUAUUGUUGUAAAACUGUGCAUCAGCUUUGUAACACAGCUGUUUGCAAAAUUAAAUUGCGCCACCCUUGGUGACCGUACUAGAAAUGCAAAUUUUGGGAUAUUCUUCAUGGUUACAAUUCCAUGUAGCUUAAACCUACAAGCACUGUUCUAGCCAGGUAACUAGUAGUUGUAGUCUACCUACCAAAACAUUCUGUUAAAUACGACAUUUUACAUUACAGUGAAUGAAACUCUAUCUUAUUUUUUUACUGAAAUAAAGUGAACAUAAACAGCUAGUUUCACAGACCCUGAUUAGCUCUAAUCUUGGAUUACUUUACCUAAAUUAACAUUGAGUAAUCCAAGAUUAAUGCUAAUCGGGGUCUGUGAAUCUAGCCGUCAAACUUCAGACUGCUCUUAUACUGUAGGAAAGGUAAUCCAUACAAAAGAGCAGACCAGCAAACUAAUCAAAUAUACUUAUAUGUAUAUCUAUGCACAUUUGUUUGUUACUAAACAUGUACUUGUGCAACUAAUAAAUGAAUAUUUUAAUUGAUUUAACCCCCCCCCCCCCCGAUACUUAGUGCUGAAAAUAGAAAAAUAGCUGUUUUAUUUAGAGACAGGAUUCUAAUCAUGCAUGUUAGUUACAUGGAGCAAAUAUGCAACAAAUAAAACAGUGCAAUACAUACAGAACUGCCCUCGUUACCAAAGUGAUUAUGCAAACUAGAUCUCAAGUGUUAUAGCUGAGACACUUGCAUAUUAACACUUUCUUUUGAAGUCAAUGUUUGAACUUAACCUACAAAUCUGUGCUCAAUUAAGUCUAUAUCAAAAUAUGUGUGGUGGCACAAAAACUAGCUGUUUCAACUUUUAAGAGUCAUUGAAUUCUUUAGAGUAUUGUUGGUUUGCAAUAAAGAAAGGUUUCAGAAAUAUUUAAUUUUGAAAUAGGAACCACUGUAUGUGUGGUUCUAUAAUGCAGGACCAUCAGUGAUAUUGUUUUUAUGUAAAGUAUUUAUGCUCAUUUGCCAAAUGUAUUUCAUGUUUUUUUAUUUAUUAUAGAAUGCUUUCCGCUUGCAUACAUUUUAGGAGUACAUUCAUACAUACUGUAUUUCUUCUGUAUAGUCAUUGAGUUUUGUUUACAGCAAAUGAAAUGAGUGAAUGUUCAAAAGUUUUUUUUUUUUCUUUCAGCAUUCUCUAUCUGCAGUUGUAUAAUGACUUAGCGCACUAGUUUGGUAUUUUUUUAUUUUAUCUUCAGGAAGUUAUACCGAAUUAAUUAUUUUAUAUUGUGUUUUUGCCUUGAAAACCCCAGAGAUGUACCCUACUUAGCUCAAUCCAGACGGUUGUCAUGCUGAUGCGCUGGGGAGGCCGCACUUUGGUUGAUCCCCGGAGCCAGCAUCGCAGCCGUUGUGUGUGCUGAUGCGCCAGGGAGGCAAAAUAAGCUGAUCCCUGGAGCCAGCAUUACACUUCAGCCAUUAACACCAGACAGAAGGAUAUCUACAUCAUCAUAUGGAAGGAAACGUAAAUGGAUGGAGACGCAUAUGGAUCACAUUAGUUUACUGUAAAGCUACGUCUUAGUUGGUGCUUAUCUUGGCGAGAGCCGAGUUCAAAUCAGCAUGAAGUUUUAACAUCUACUCUCGUGUAAUGGAAAUCAUUUUUAUAUUGUGUUUUUGCCUUAGAGGAUGUUGAAAAAAUAUGCUUGCAAAAUGUCCAAUAAUAAAAAAAAAAAUCAUUUUUAA